AUGGCCUCCAACAUUUUGGGCAAGUCUAGCAUACCAUUCUGGUCCCCUCGCUAUGAAGCUCACAUGUGCACUGACCUGAGCAUGGCUUCAAUGCUGGGAUACUUCAUGACGAUGCUUUACAAUCCAAACAACGUCGCGUUCGAAGCCAGUCCGCUAUCGACCUUGGCAGAGAUUGAAGUAGGCGAGCAGCUAUGUGAUCUCUUCGGCUACAACAUCAAUGAGGACAAUACCGAAGCUCCUACUUCCUGGGGCCAUGUCACUUGUGACGGCACCGUUGCCAAUCUGGAAUCCAUUACUCAUACCUUCUCAGCUCGUAACCUGAAGUUCUAUCCCCUUUCGCUUCGCAAGGCCUUUGGAAAUGGUGAGGCACUCAACUUCUUGUCGGAGGCCUUUAAAGUCGAGACCUGCAAGGGAGAGACCAAGUUGUUCACUGAUCUAUCAACUUGGGAUCUGCUCAACCUGAAGCCAUCUGACAUUCUUGAUCUCCCUGAUCGACUCUAUCAGGAGCAUGGGGUGUCGAACGCAUUCAUUUCUGAUGUGAUGAAGAAGUUCACAAUUCAAUCCACUGGUAAGGAUGAGCUAGAAAGAGAGUUUGGAAUCGAUUUACCAGGCCAGUACAUGCUGUCGAACACCCGACACUACUCUUGGCCCAAGGGUGCGGCAAUUAGUGGCUUGGGUUCCGACAAUGUCAUUGGCAUCCCAGUUGAUGCGGGAGCGCGUCUGGAUUUAGGCUUGUUGGAGAAGAAACUGCAGGAGAGUCUCGACAAAGGACAGCCCGUAUAUGCAGUGGUUGCUAUCAUAGGUUCCACGGAAGAGGGUGCUGUGGACUCUCUCAGUGGUGUUCUCGCCCUACGCAAGCAAUUCCAAGCCAAAGGACUGUCUUUCCUGGUUCACGCUGACGCUGCCUGGGGUGGGUAUUUCUGUUCCAUGCUGCCUAAGGACUAUCGGCCUGGAGAUGUCAUGAAUCUCCCCACUGACAUGGGUGCGGCCGAUGGCUUCGUGCCGGAUGCGACACUUCGCGCCCAGACUCAGGAUGAUCUGUUCGCCAUGCGCUUUGCCGACUCCAUCACCGUUGAUCCCCAUAAAGCGGGCUACAUCCCCUACCCGGCCGGCGGCCUUUGUUACCGUGACAAUCGUAUGAGAUUUUUGGUCACUUGGACAAGUCCUUAUUUGUCGCGAGGCUCGGUCACCAGUAUUGGCAUUUACGGUGUCGAGGGAAGUAAACCCGGUGCCUCUGCGGUCUCGACAUGGUUGUCCAACAGGACAAUUGGUCUUGAUUCAAAGGGCUAUGGUGCCUUGCUUGGAGAAGUCACUUGGACUUGCAGCAGGCUCUCUGCGGAAUGGGCAGCGUUGACAGACGCCGAAAGCCCUUUCGUCUGCGUGCCUUUCAACAUGCUCCCAUCUGAACUUGAGCCAAAUCCAACUGAAGAGAAGAUCGAGGCCGAAAAGGCGCUUAUCCGGGAACACAUUGUCAAGAAGACGAACGCCGCCAUCAUUGCCGCAGACAGAGAGAAUCCAGAUGACGGAAAGCUCAUGAAACUCCUGAGAAGCUUGGGUUCAGACCUCAACAUCAAUGCAUUUGCAUUGAACUUCCGAUACGAGGAUGGGCGUUUGAAUGAUGAUAUCGAAGAAGCCAACUACCUUAUGCAAAGAGUCAUUGAGGCUCUUUCCGUUGACAGCCCAGACGAUGAUCCCACCAAGAUUCCUCUUUUCUUGACCUCGACCGAAUUCUCUGACGAGCUGUAUGGAGAAUGCAAGGCGAAUUACGUCAAGCGACUGGGCUUGGAGCAGAGUUCCCUAGACUUGAUGGUGUUGCGAAACGUCGUCAUGUCUCCUUUCCCUACUGAUGGCAACUUCACAAAUCAGCUCGCCGAUAUCUUCUAUAAUAUCGUUGCGAAGGAGACUGAGACCGUUCGUAAGCGUAACACCCCGGCCCCGGACUUCCAUAGCUUCCUCAUCCAGGGCACAGAGGAGAUAUACUUGAUCCAUCUACCCAUGUUCCAUGUGGCAAACCAUCGACAGCAGCUCAUCGUCAACGCGAGCUUUGAUGAGAAGUCAAAGGCCAAGUACAUUGAAUUGAAGAAGUCAAACCCGACCGAGCCGAUGCUGCUCGUGACACAGCGCAAGGUAAUGGCCAAGGAUGUCAUCGAAGCCAAGGGACACUUUGAUGGGCAGAUCAUGACAAAGGAGUCCGGCAUCAUCCUCCAAGACGUUUGUGUUCAAUUGGGCCAGACCGUCGUCAGCCGUCCAUUGAACUCGAAGUAUCGUCUCGAUAAGUAUCCGGAUACCUUCUUGCCAUUUUACCAUACCACAGCAAACGAAGCCAAUAUUGACCACGUCAUCACCCGAGCACCCAACACGCAGCUUUCUGCCGGCCGCUGUAAGCUCAACUUCUACAAGAAGAUAGAUGAUUCAAUCUGGAAGAAGCCCUUGGUGCUUCUCAUUGAGGACGUUCGCGAGGCGCCCAUGCAGCCAUUCCCGACUAACAUUGAGAUCUGCAGCAAGAAUGCUGCCAUCAUUCCUCAAGAAGAUUUCUACCAUGGGGACACCGCUAAAGAAAGCGGAAAGAUGCCCGAGCCGCAGAACUACAAGAGCACUUCUUCCAAAGAAGCCUUCAAAAUUGGUGUUCCUGGCAUGUCUUUCUCAGUGUCAACCAAGGACAACGGUUCCCAGCCCAAGGGGUACGGUGCCCCGGAGUAUGGUUCUCAAGGCUACGGUUCUCAAAGGCACGGUUCCGCAAAUGAUGCCGACUGCCGUGACUGCGGCAACGAGAACAGGAACAACAACAGCAGCGGGAAGGGAAACUCCAGCAACGGAAAAUCCGCUAGCGGCAACGAAUACAAUGCCUCCCAGGUGCACAAGGAAGAUGAGUCCAACAAACCCCACACUUCGGCAAGGAUCGUCAACAGUGGAACGCGGAGUGGCGCCGCCAAAGGGUCCAGCUUUUUCUUCCGGCCGGGUGCAACUUUCAAGGUUGGAGUUUGGGAAGAUGGCGACCGUUCCAGUGCCAGCUCGAAGUAUGCGAGCUUUGAGCUGGGCAAGUUUGUCGGCCGAGGCGAGCUCACUCUUGGAGAGAGCGUGUACGUCGACAGUGAGGCUAUGAACCUUGACCCCUUCAAGAAGGUCGAGAAGGUCGCUGAGUGGCGUCGCGAGUUUGAUAAGAUUGGCAAAGAGUUGGACUAGGCCUCUAGGAAGAUCUAGAAACGGUGUCGUUCUGAGACGGAGUAAUCCACAAGAUUAGGCGUUUGAUGCAAUGACUUUCUACGAAAUUGAACAAGGUUGGACUGUAGCGUUCAUUCCUCAACGAAACACAGCAGCGAAAUUCAACGCGAUUGGUGGAUCUCUCGACGUCCUCAAGCUGGAUCGCAGUCUUCUUCGGUAUCUCGCGGAGUUGCUUGGCGAGCUUGACUGCAUCAAUAAGGCCCUUGGCAGCGGUCCCCGCCAACUACAUCGAUGCAGCGACGCCGCCAAAGACUGCGAGACCCUUGGCCAUGGACCAUGGUGAUCUUCAGUUACUCGUGAUCUCGUGGGAAGUCGAAGCACGACAGAAAUACCGUAC